AAUGCGCUUCAGACGUCUGACCUUGAGAAGGAAGGAUGACAAAUGGUUUUCCGCGCAGCUUCCGGAAAUGGCGAUAUCGUUUACGACGCGUGGUUAAAAGGAACAAAGACUAAUGCUGAUAAGCCCAUCUCGAUGAAAAGAUCGCUCGCUUUGCACUACCGUAAUCCUAUUGUUGAUAACUGGCCACAACUUGGUGUGAAAUACGUAAAAUUUGCCUUCUACGACGAAGAGAAAGAAGUUGCACACGUUAUUUUCGAUGGUGCGAAUAGUGACAUAAAGACCUGGUUCGCCAAACAAAACGUAUUGACCUCCAGAUCUGACCUCAACACAGUCAUACAAUUACUUUUCUAUUGAUGGUCAUUACAUGGUUGGUCGACAUGACAGGCGAUUCUUCAUCAAUACGUUUAACGCAAGAUGUCCAAAAGAUCUCGGCUACUUGGCGGUGAUCAACUCAGAGACCCCGGCAGUUUGUUUGUGGGACAAUCAUGCUACAUAUCCACAGUUCAUUUAUUCCUAGUUUACCUCCGUGGAUUACUGGAAUAGACGCAUGUUUGGUACUGCUGACUACAUGGCAAUUUUAUAAAGACAAGCGUUUAAAGCAUAAGACUAUAUAUGCCAUUCUUUAUUAAAACAAUUUUUUACAGGGUGUAUUAAGAAACCAUACAGAAAUCUAUAUUAAAACAAAAUCAGUUAAUUAUAUGUUAAUUUUAAAUGAACAGAUAUAACACAGAAGUGUAUAAAUAACUUUUU